UCUCGAAAGAUUCGCGAUGCCAGCAAUAAUGGUGUAACUAAAACAAGUAAAGUAAUUAAAAUUAUAUUAUUAUACUGAAACUCCCAAAUAGAGAGUAUUUACGGCUCCGCUAGAGGGCAAAUCGCGUCCGCCAGAUAUAGGAUGUAGAAGGAUCUUUCUUUAUAUCAGUGCAUUUUAACUGGCUUCAAGUAAUACGUGGUGUUUUAAGUGAAAGUCGUCUCUUUUAACGCUGUAUUAUGUUACCGAGAUGAUCUUGCGCUAGUGCAAUAUUAGUGUAGUAAUUAAUACAUCUAACCCAUCAGGCAAGUUUAUUCACGCGUGACAGCACCGCUUUUUUCAUGCGUAUUUGACAGUCAAAUUUUCUAUGCCAGCGAAAGCAGACUGAAGUCCAACUUCCCCCAGCCAUUAUUUUUGCGGGACUCUUGGUGUGUUUGUGACUAAUUGUGACAGCAGCGGUCUUGCUUCAACUUUUUUUUUUUUAAAAAAGUGAAGCGGACCAGUGCCCGGUCCAUGGCAGGAGAACCCACAGCCCAUCCGAGGCCGACAUGGAUCCCAACACCAUCCUGGAGGAUGUCCUGAUCAAGCGCUCACAGCAGAAGAAGAGGACGUCUCCACUCAACUACAAGGAAAGGGUCUUCGUGCUCACCAAGAGCAAGCUGGCGUAUUACGAGGGCAAGCCGGAGAGGAAGACAAGGAAAGGACUUAUUGACCUUCAGAAGAUAAAGUGUGUUGAAAUAGUGAGGAAUGGCAGCACAGCUAUUCCAUGCCAAAAUAAAUACCCCUUCCAGGUCAUAUACGAUACAAGCACCUUGUAUAUUUUUGCCCCAAGUAACGAGAUGAGGAGUGUUUGGGUGCAGAACCUAAAGGAAGAGAUUAAACAGAACCCCCUGAUCAUGGCCAAAUUCCACCCGCAGUUCUGGCAUGAGGGUGUCUGGCAGUGCUGCCGGCAGGUGGACAAGCUGGCCCCUGGAUGCGAGGAGUACAACCUGUUUGGAGACAUUUCGAGAAAACCUCUUCCUCCUGUUCCUGGAAAUGACACUGCAGGGAAGACAAGACGCCCCCCCCCACCCCCACCCCCCGAAGAAGAGGGGGCGGUGGAGAAUACGGAGGAGGAGGUGGUCAUCGCCCUGUACAACUUUGCAGGCAUGGAACCUCAUGACCUGACCCUGGUCAUAGGGGAGGAGUACGUUAUCUUGGAGAAGUGUGACGUUCACUGGUACAAAGCCCGCAAUAAGCACGGAGAGGAAGGGUACAUCCCCAGUAACUAUGUGACUGAGAAAAAACUGGACAACCUUGAUCAGUAUGUCUGGUACUGCAGGGAUAUUAACCGCAACAAGUCUGAGCAGCUCCUCAGGAAGGCGGACAAGGAGGGUGGCUUCCUCAUCAGAGACUCCAGUAAUUCAGGAACGUACAAAUAUACUCUGUCCCUCUACACCAAAUCAGCCGGGGAGGGCAGCUGGUCCAUUCGGCAUUACCACAUCAAGCAAGUGGAGUCCACUCCCAUGCAGUACUACCUUGCCGAGAAGUAUCACUUCAGCAGCAUCCCGAAACUCAUCGAGUACCACCAGCACAAUGCAGCAGGCUUGGUCUCUAGGCUUCGGUAUCCGGUGGGAAAAGAAGGGAGAUCUGCCCCCACUACGGCUGGAUUUAGUUACGAGAAGUGGGAGAUUAAUCCAUCGGAGCUGACCUUCAUGAAGGAGCUGGGCAGCGGUCAGUACGGCGUGGUCCGCCUGGGCAAGUGGCGAGCUCAGCACAAAGUGGCCAUCAAGACCAUCCGCCCCGGCGCCAUGCUGGAGGAGGACUUCAUAGAGGAAGCCAGAGUCAUGAUGAAGCUGUCGCACCCCAACCUGGUGCAGCUGUACGGUGUCUGCACACAGCAAAAGCCCAUGUACAUCGUCACAGAGUUCAUGGAGCUGGGGUGUCUCCUGAACUACAUCCGGCAGCGACGUGGCUCCUUCAGCACCGAGAUGCUGCUCAGCAUCUGCCAGGACGUCAGCGAGGGCAUGGUCUACCUCGAGCAGAACAGCUUCAUCCACAGGGACCUGGCUGCAAGGAACUGCUUGGUGAACGAAGCUCUGGAGGUGAAGGUGUCUGACUUCGGAAUGGCGAGGUAUGUCCUGGAUGACCAGUACACAAGUUCCUCAGGGGUGAAGUUUCCUGUGAAAUGGUCCCCCCCUGAGGUCUUCAAUUUCUGCAGAUACAGCAGCAAGUCGGAUGUGUGGUCAUUCGGAGUUUUAAUGUGGGAGGUGUUCACAGAGGGAAAGAUGCCCUUCGAGAAGAACCAGAACCAUGAAGUGGUGAUGAUGGUCAUGCAAGGCCAUCGACUGUACAAGCCCCAAAAGGCCACGACCUGUAUCUACGACAUCAUGCAGCUCUGCUGGAGAGAGGUAUGUCCAUUCAGCCUAUCAUGCCGUGAGGCGUGUCCCUCCCUGCGUCCAUUCAGCCUAUCAUGGGGUGAGGCGUGUCCCUCCCUGCGUCCAUUCAGCCUAUCGUGCCGUGAGGCGUGUCCCUCCCUGCGUCCAUUCAGCCUAUCGUGCCGUGAGGCGUGUCCCUCCCUGCGUCCAUUCAGCCUAUCGUGCGGUGAGGCGUGUCCCUCUCUGUUUCCAUUCAGCCUAUCGUGCGGUGAGGCGUGUCCCUCCCUGCGUCCAUUCAGCCUAUCGUGCCGUGAGGCGUGUCCCUCUCUGUUUCCAUUCAGCCUAUCAUGCGGUGAGGCGUGUCCCUCCCUGCGUCCAUUCAGCCUAUCGUGCCGUGAGGCGUGUCCCUCCCUGCGUCCAUUCAGCCUAUCGUGCGGUGAGGCGUGUCCCUCCCUGCGUCCAUUCAGCCUAUCGUGCGGUGAGGCGUGUCCCUCCCUGCAUCCAUUCAGCCUAUCGUGCGGUGAGGCGUGUCCCUCCCUGCGUCCAUUCAGCCUAUCGUGCCGUGAGGCGUGUCCCUCUCUGUUUCCAUUCAGCCUAUCAUGCGGUGAGGCGUGUCCCUCCCUGCGUCCAUUCAGCCUAUCGUGCCGUGAGGCGUGUCCCUCCCUGCGUCCAUUCAGCCUAUCGUGCCGUGAGGCGUGUCCCUCCCUGCGUCCAUUCAGCCUAUCGUGCCGUGAGGCGUGUCCCUCCCCGCGUCCAUUCAGCCUAUCGUGCCGUGAGGCGUGUCCCUCCCUGCGUCCAUUCAGCCUAUCGUGCCGUGAGGCGUGUCCCUCCCUGCGUCCAUUCAGCCUAUCGUGCCGUGAGGCGUGUCCCUCCCUGCGUCCAUUCAGCCUAUCGUGCCGUGAGGCGUGUCCCUCCCCGCGUCCAUUCAGCCUAUCGUGCCGUGAGGCGUGUCCCUCCCUGCGUCCAUUCAGCCUAUCGUGCCGUGAGGCGUGUCCCUCCCUGCGUCCAUUCAGCCUAUCGUGCCGUGAGGCGUGUCCCUCCCCGCGUCCAUUCAGCCUAUCGUGCCGUGAGGCGUGUCCCUCCCUGCGUCCAUUCAGCCUAUCGUGCCGUGAGGCGUGUCCCUCCCUGCGUCCAUUCAGCCUAUCGUGCCGUGAGGCGUGUCCCUCCCCGCGUCCAUUCAGCCUAUCGUGCCGUGAGGCGUGUCCCUCCCUGCGUCCAUUCAGCCUAUCGUGCCGUGAGGCGUGUCCCUCCCUGCGUCCAUUCAGCCUAUCGUGCCGUGAGGCGUGUCCCUCCCCGCGUCCAUUCAGCCUAUCGUGCCGUGAGGCGUGUCCCUCCCUGCGUCCAUUCAGCCUAUCGUGCCGUGAGGCGUGUCCCUCCCCGCGUCCAUUCAGCCUAUCGUGCGGUGAGGCGUGUCUCUCCCCACGUCCAUUCAGCCUAUCGUGCCGUGAGGCGUGUCCCUCCCUGCGUCCAUUCAGCCUAUCAUGCCGUGAGGCGUGUCCCUCUCUUUCCAUUCAGCCUAUCAUGCCGUGAGGCGUGUCCCUCCCUGCGUCCAUUCAGCCUAUCGUGCCGUGAGGCGUGUCCCUCUCUUUCCAUUCAGCCUAUCGUGCGGUGAGGCGUGUCCCUCUCUGUUUCCAUUCAGCCUAUCGUGCGGUGAGGCGUGUCCCUCCCUGCGU